AUGGCGGUGCCCACCUCCACUAACCCAGCACAUGCCCACUUUGAGAGCUUCCUGCAGGCCCAGCAGUGUCAGGAUGUGCUGAGCAGUUUCCAGGGGCUCUGUGAGACCCUGGGGGUAGAGGCUGGUGGGGGUUUGACCCAAUACCACAAAAUCAAGGCUCAGCUCAACUACUGGAGUGCCAAGUCCCUGUGGGCCAAGCUGGACAAGCGAGCAGGCCAGCCUGUGUACCAGCAGGGCCGGGCCUGCACCAGCACCAAGUGCCUGGUCGUGGGCGCUGGACCUUGUGGGCUACGGACUGCGGUGGAGCUGGCACUACUGGGGGCCCGUGUGGUGCUGGUGGAAAAGCGCAUCAAGUUCUCUCGCCAUAAUGUGCUCCACCUCUGGCCCUUCACCAUCCAUGACCUGCGGGCACUUGGUGCCAAGAAGUUCUAUGGGCGCUUCUGCACAGGCUCCCUGGACCACAUCAGCAUCCGUCAGCUUCAGCUGUUACUGCUAAAGGUAGCACUACUGCUAGGAGUGGAAAUUCACUGGGGUGUCACUUUCACUGGCCUCCAGCCCCCUCCCAAAAAGGGGUGUGGCUGGCGUGCCCAGCUCCAGCCCAGCCCACCGGUCCAACUGGCCAACUAUGAAUUUGAUGUCCUUAUCUCUGCUGCUGGAGGUAAAUUCGUCCCUGAAGGCUUCACAGUUCGAGAAAUGCGAGGCAAACUGGCCAUAGGUAUUACAGCCAACUUUGUGAAUGGGCGCACUGUGGAGGAGACGCAGGUGCCCGAGAUCAGUGGUGUGGCCAGGAUCUAUAACCAGAACUUCUUCCAGAGCUUGCUCAAGGCCACAGGCAUUGAUCUGGAGAACAUCGUGUACUAUAAGGAUGACACCCACUACUUUGUGAUGACAGCCAAGAAACAGUGCCUGCUGCGGCUAGGGGUGUUGUGCCAGGACUACUCGGAGACUGAUCGGCUGCUAGGCAGUGCCAAUGUGGUGCCCGAGGCUCUACAGCGCUUUGCCCGGGCAGCUGCUGACUUUGCCACCCAUGGCAAGCUCGGGAAGCUGGAGUUUGCCCAGGAUGCCCAUGGGCGGCCUGACGUCUCUGCCUUUGACUUCACAACCAUGAUGCGGGCGGAGAGCUCUGCUCGUGUACAAGAGAAGCACAGUGCCCGUCUCCUGCUGGGACUGGUGGGAGACUGCCUGGUGGAGCCCUUUUGGCCCCUGGGCACCGGAGUGGCCCGUGGCUUUCUGGCCGCCUUUGAUGCAGCCUGGAUGGUGAAGCGGUGGGCAGAAGGCGCUGAGCCCCUAGAGGUGUUGGCUGAGCGUGAGAGCCUCUACCAGCUCCUGUCACAGACAUCCCCGGAAAAUAUGAACCGAAAUGUGGCCCAGUAUGGGCUGGACCCAGCCACUCGCUACCCCAACGUGAACCUCCGGGCUGUGACUCCCAACCAGGUACGAGACUUGUAUGACAUGGUGGCUAAGGAGCCUGGGCGGAGGAAGAAUGACAAGACUGAUUCGGGAAAGUUGGCCACUGGUAAGGCAGGCACCCAGGAGGCACUGCUACACUGGUGUCAGGAGCAAACCACUGGGUACCCGGGUGUCCAUGUCACUGACCUGUCCUCCUCCUGGGCUGAUGGGCUAGCUCUGUGUGCCCUGGUACACCGCCUGCAGCCCAGCCUGCUGGAACCCUCAGAUGUGCAGGGGAUGGGUGCCCUGGAAGCAACUUCGUGGGCACUGAAGAUGGCAGAGCAGGAGCUGGGCAUCACGCCAGUGUUGUCUGCACAGGCAGUGGUGGCGGGGAGCGACCCGCUGGGCCUCAUUGCUUACCUCAGCCACUUCCACAGUGCCUUCAAGAACAAGCCUCGCAGCCCAGGCCCGGUCAGCCAAGGCUCUCCAGGGACUGCCAACGCUGUGCUAUUCCUUGGCAAACUACAUAGGACCCUGCAGCGGACCCGGACCCAGGAAAAUGGGGAGGAUGCUGGUGGCAAGAAACCUCGCUUGGAGGUAGAGGCCAAGACUCCAAGUACUGAGGAGCCACCUGCUCCAGAGUCCAGUCUACCCCUGACACCCCCAUCCGAACACCAGGAGCCUGGUGCUGGGGACCUGUGUGCACUCUGUGGGGAACACCUCUAUAUCCUGGAACGCCUGUGUGCCAACGGCUGUUUCUUCCACCGGAGCUGCUUCCGCUGCCAUAGCUGCGAGGCCACUUUGUGGCCAGGUGGCUAUGAGCAGCACCCAGGAGAUGGACACUUCUACUGCCUCCAGCACCUGCCCCAGCCAGAUCACAAAGAGGCUAGCAGGGACAGUGGCCCUGAGAAUCCGGAGCUACCCACACCAGGCAAUGACAGCCUACCACAGGCCCCUUCGAUGCCCACAGUCCCCCAGGAGAGGGCCAAGCCUGCUCCAAGUCCCAGCCAGCCCACCCGCCGGCUGAUCCGCCUCUCCAGCCCAGAACGCCAGCAACUGUCCUCCCUUAAGCUUACCCCUGACACGGAGAUGGAGCCCCCUCCCAAACCCCCCCGAAGCUGCUCUGCCUUGGCCCGCCAGGCUCUGGAGGGUAGUUUUGUGGGCUGGGGAGUACCAGCCCAGGGACCUCAAGCUCUUGUGGUCUUGGAGAAGGAAGAAGAAGAGAGUUCCCCCUCUAGUGAAGAGGAAGAGGAGGAACAAGAUGUUGCUUUGGAUGAUGACGUGGAGGAGGCCCUGCUGACCUUUGCCAAGAACUCAGGCACCAUGAACAAGUACCCAACAUGGCGGAUGACUCUGUUGCGCCGUGCCAAGGAGGAGGAGAUGAAGAGGUUCUGCAAGGCCCAGGCCAUCCAGCGGCGACAAAAUGAGAUCGAGGCUUCUCUGAGGGAGCUGGAGGCUGAGGGCGUGAAGCUGGAGCUGGCCUUGAGGCGUCAGAGCAGCUCCCCAGAGCAGCAAAAGACACUGUGGCUAGAACAGCUGCUACAGCUCGUUCAGAAGAAAAACAGUCUGGUGGCUGAGGAAGCUGAGCUGAUGAUCACGGUACAGGAGCUUAACUUGGAGGAGAAACAGUGGCAGCUAGACCAGGAACUACGAGGCUACAUGAACCGGGAAGAAACCCUAAAGACAGCUGCCGAUCGGAAGGCUGAGGACCAGGUCCUGAAGAAGCUGGUGGAUGUGGUGAACCAGAGAGACGCUCUUAUCCGCUUCCAGGAGGAGCGCAGGCUCAGUGAGCUGGCCUCAGGGAUGGGAGCCCAAGGCUAG